AAUUCCUUAGUGUCCAUCCCCAUGGAGGAGACCAAGAGGUCAGGAGAAGCCCCUCCGGAUGCCCCCAUGCCGACCCCCCCGGGGAACCCGAUCACAGAGGCCCAGAGUUUCUCCCACCUGCCCCAGCACUCUGCUGUAGACCUGAAGUUCACUGAGCUUUCCUACACUAUUAAUGAUGCCCCCUGCUGGAGGAGUAAAGAAGUAAUCGAGGUGGCAUCAGGAAAGUAUGGUUAUUUGAAUCCUGUACUCUUCGAGGCUGAGCAGGACGGCGUGUGUUCAGAGGGUGUCUCCAGUGACCAGAGUGAUGCUACAUCAUCUUGCCCAUCUCAGUAUAACAACGUUGCUGAUAUGGCUGAAAAUUCCUUAGUGUCCAUCCCCAUGGAGGAGACCAAGAGGUCAGGAGAAGCCCCUCCGGAUGCCCCCAUGCCGACCCCCCCGGAGAACCCGAUCACAGAGGCCCAGAGUUUCUCCCACCCGCCCCAGCGCUCGGCUGUAGACCUGAAGUUCACUGAGCUUCCCUACACUAGCAAUGAUGCCCCCUGCUGGAGGAGUAGAGAAGUAAUCGAGGUGGCAUCAGGAAAGUAUGGUUAUUUGAAUCCUGUACUCUUCGAGGCUGAGCAGGACGGCGUGUGUUUAGAGGGUGUCUCCAGUGACCAGAGUGAUGCUACAUCAUCUUGCCCAUCUCAGUAUAACAACGUUGCUGAUAUGGCUGAAAAUUCCUUAGUGUCCAUCCCCAUGGAGGAGACCAAGAGGACAGGAGAAGCCCCUCCGGAUGCACCCAUGCCGACCCCCCCGGAGAACCCGAUCACAGAGGCCCAGAGUUUCUCCCACCUGCCCCAGCGCUCGGCUGUAGACCUGAAGUUCACUGAGCUUUCCUACACUAUUAAUGAUGCCCCCUGCUGGAGGAGUAGAGGAUCCAAGGAGCUCCUGAAGUGUUUGUUGGGGAAGUUUAGCAGUGGGGAGCUCAUCGGGAUUAUGGGGCCUUCGGGGUCCGGCAAGUCCACCCUUAUGAAUGUUCUUGCUGGGUACAGAGAGACUGGCAUGGAGGGUCAGAUCCUGGUAAACGGGCAACCGCGUGAGCUCCGCACCUUCAGGAAGAUGUCCUGUUACAUAAUGCAGGAUAACAUGCUGCUACCAGACCUCACCGCACUGGAGGCCAUGAUGGUUUCAGCCAACCUUAAGCUAAAGGAGACCAUGGAAGUGAAGAAGAAACUGGUGAAUGAGAUCCUCACCGCUCUAGGCCUGCAGGAGAGUGCACACACUCGUACACAAGCUCUCUCCGGGGGUCAACGUAAACGAUUGGCUAUUGCACUGGAGCUGGUCAACAACCCACCUGUCAUGUUUUUAGAUGAGCCUACCAGUGGUCUAGACAGUGCAUCCUGUUACCAGGUGGUUUCACUAUUGAAGUCUCUUGCUCUGGGUGGAAGAACCAUCAUUUGUACUAUCCACCAGCCCAGUGCUAAAGAUUUUAAGAUGUUUGACAAGCUGUAUAUUCUGAGUCAGGGGCAGUGCAUAUAUAAGGGUACCGUUCCAUAUCUCAUCCCCUAUCUGAAUAACUUUGGUCUCCACAGCCUCAACAACGACAAUCCUGCAAACUUCAUAAUCGAGGUGGCAUCAGGAGAGUAUGGUGAUUGGAAUCCUGUGCUCUUCGAGGCAGAGCAGCGUGGCAUGUGUUCAGAGGGUGUCUCCAGUGACCAGAGUGAUGCUACAUCAUCUUGCCCAUCUCAGUAUAACAACGAUUCAGGACACAUUGAACAACACACCUUUGCCACCAGCGUGGUCACACAGUUUAAUAUUCUUUUCAAAAGAACCUUCAUCACUACAUACAGAGACCAGGUGUUGACCCACGUGAGGUUGAUAUCACACUUGGUAGUCGCACUUCUGAUCGGCCUGCUGUACCUGGAGAUCGGUAACGAUGCCAACGAAGUCAUUACCAACACUGGAUUCCUUUUCUUAUCCAUGCUUUCCCUCGUGAUUGGCGCAUUAAUGCCCACCGUCCUCACAUUUCCUCUGGAGUUGCCAGUGAUUAUGAGGGAGCAUCGGAACUACUGGUACAGUUUGAAAGCUUGCUACCUAGCUAAGAUCAUGGCUGAUGUUCCUCUCCAGAUCAUAUGUCCCACCUUGUACUGUACUAUAGUGUACUGGAUGACAGGGCAGCCUGGUGAAAUGGCGAGAUUUGUGCUUUUCGUGCUUCUGUCUAUUUGCAUUGCCCUGGUCGCUCAGUCUCUGGGCCUCCUUGUUGGAACUGCGUCUAACUCCCUGCAGGUGGCCACAUAUAUAGGACCUGUGACAUGCAUUCCAGUCUUCCUGUUCUCUGGCUUCUUUGUCAAAUGUGACACCAUGUCAGCAUGCCUACGUUGGAUCUCUUAUGUCACCUUUGGCAGGUAUGGCUUUGAGGGUAUGAUCCAAACCAUUUAUGGAAUGAACCGGACAACCUUGGAAUGCCCCAGCUUUAACUGUCCAUUCCAGAACCCUGAGGCGGUGUUGCAACUGCUGCACGUUAAGGACGGAGAGCUUUAUGUGGACUUCAUAGCACUAGGGGUUUCCUUCCUCAUUCUUCGGCUGGCCACUUAUGUAGUGCUGCGCUACAAAAUCAGAUUUGAUCGUUAGGGCUGGACGACAUCAACUAUUACAUUUGUUUUAUUGUUGGUACAAACACACCCAUACAUACACACUAACAUUAUGUUUUGGAUAAUUUUUAUGUUAUGGAGGCGGAUCUGCACAGUGUCCACCAAACGGGUAAUAACUGUCGAUGCAAAAUUAUUUUUUAAAUUUACUUUUUUUUUCUUGUUGAUAUUCCUCAUAACUUUUUUGUUGUUGUUUUUGUUUCACCCUUUAUGUUUCUUUCAAUUAGAUAAUCAGGUAUGACAUAAAAGGGUCAAUAGUGUCAACGGAAAACUAAGUGUUUUUUUAAUGAUUAUUUAAGAUACCAAAUUUCUUUUAUUAAAAACCAAAUAAACAAUGACCAAACACUUAUUAUAAAUAAGAAGCAUGAAUGUUAGUGAAUUAAUUUGAAGCUACAGAGCAGCAGCUGUCCCAACUGACAAUCUUCCACUUGCCCUUUAUAUUAUUUGUAUGACUUUGUGAAGUCAUGGAUGCUAUGCCUGUUCCAUGUAUUGCAUAUGGUUGACUCAUGAACCAAGAUGUUAUUCAGCUCUAAUGAAUCCUUUAAGACUUUAUCUGUUACACUAGGGUUCUUUUUACUUUAUGUUGUGCCUUUUUCAUGUUAUUUUUGGCUGGGUGGCCACGGCUAUGGCGAUUAGCCACAGUACCAAAUUAUUUCCAUUUAUAGACAAUUUAUUUAGCUGUAGACUAAUGAAUAUCUAAACUUUUGGAGAUUACUCUGUAACCCUUUUCAGCUACAUGAGAAUCUACAACACUUGAUCAUAACCUUCUGAUAUCUCGUCUAUGAGGCCUCAGCUGAUGCUGCAUGUAAACAGCACACUGACAUUGUUUGAACGUUCUCUAAUCCACACCUAGAAGCCUAGUGUUCCAUUUACUUUUUUCACCAUAACUUUGUAGGUUAGAUGUGUGUGUUCAAUAAAGACACAAAUCAUCAUUAUUAAUU